AUGAGUAACACACGUUCUGCUGCUAAUACAAAACAACUUCCAUAUGAUCCAAAUCGUUUAUUACCUGAUGAUACAAAUAUUCUUAUACUUGAUGAAGAUGGUAAUCUAAGUCGACGAUCAACAGAUAGUUUUCCAAUAUCAUCAUUAACUCGUCGUCAACAAUAUUCAAAUAAUGAAACAUCUGAUGAUUAUAGAGGUGGAACUGAUAUUCCAUCAACUACACGUGGAGACGAUUCCUAUUUUGAUAUAUCAUCUAUAGGAAAUAGUGUUGGUGUUGGAAUACUUGAUGCUGAAACAGUUGCUAAACAUGUCUCAAAAAUCGGUAAAACUGCUGGUGGAUCAAGUAUUUCAUAUUUAACUCUAACAUUACCUGGUUAUGGUUUACGUGAUAUAUCAAUAUUAAAUAAUUAUACUCAUUUACAAAGAAUUGAAUUACCAUAUAAUAAUAUAUCUGAUUUAUCACAUUUGAACAAUCUAAGUUAUUUACUUGAACUUGAUGUAUCAAAUAAUAAAAUUCAAAAAUUAUUUGAUUUUUGGCCACCACGUAAUUUAAAAGAAGCUGAUUUUUCAUUUAAUCUUAUUGAAGAAAUAAAAAAUCUUGAUAGUUUUCAUUAUUUACAAAAACUUGUUCUUGAUAAUAAUAAAAUAUCCAAAAUUGAAGGUUUAAAAAAUUGUUAUCGUUUACAACAUUUAAGUCUUGCUCAUAAUCGUAUUCAACGAAUAGAAGAAUUAGAUGGAUUACCAUUGAAAUAUUUAAGUUUAAGAUCAAAUGAAAUUCGAAAGAUUGAAAAUCUUGAUUCACUUCAAUAUUUACAACACCUUAAUUUAUCAUGUAAUCAAUUAGAUUCUUUAGCUGGUAUCCCGGAACGAUUAAGUUUUCUUGAAGUACUUGAUCUUGCUGAUAAUCAACUUCAUAAUUUAUCUGAUAUUGAUCGUCUUAGUGAAUAUCGUCUUUUACGAGAUUUAAAUUUACGUGGAAAUAAAAUAACUGAAAUAGAUGAUUAUCGACUUUCAGUUAUAUUUAAAUUACAACAUUUAACUAUACUUGAUCGACGAAAAAUUGAUGCAGCAGAAAAAGUUGAAUCGAAACAAAUGUUUAAUCCAUCAUCAGAAUAUUUCGCAUCAAGAGAUCAUAUAACUAAUGUUGUCUUUGCAUUUUUACAAGAUCAUCGAGUACAAGAAAGUACCUUGCCUAAUAUUGAAACACCAUAUCCAAUGUUAAUUCUAUCAGGACCCGAUGGUUGUGGACGAAUUGAAUUAGCUCAUCGACUUGCAGAAGAAUUCAAUGAAUUUUUUGGUUAUGGAGUUCUACAUACUGCACGUGAAAGACGUGCUAAUGAAAAAGAUGGUAUUGAUUAUAUAUUUAUUAAACAAAAUCAAUAUGAAGAAGAUGUUACUAAAGGCGAAUUUCUUUGUUGUUAUGAAUAUUAUGGUGAUUGGCAUGGUCUUCAACGUUCAUCAAUUGAAAAUGUUGCACGAGAAGGUUUAGCAUGUGUCGUACAAAUUGAACUUGAAGGUCUUUUAUCAAUAAAACAAUCACAUUUUGAACCACGUUGUGUUCUUCUUUUACCAAUGGAUCCUCAAAUUCAUGAACGUCGCUUACAAUUACAAGGUUUUGAUGAAGGUGAAAUAAAGAUGGCAUUAAGUCGUGUUGAACUUUAUGCAGAAUAUAAUCGUACACAUCCAGGAUUUUUCGAUGCAUUUAUUUCAACAAAUAGUCUUGAAGAUGGUUAUGAACAAUUACGUGAUCUUGUUAUAAGUUAUUUAGGUUUAGAAGAUGAUCGUUUUGAUGCACCACGACCCAAUACAUCCGAUGAAAUCAAACGUUUUGAUGAUUUUGAUAUACAAAGAUCAGAUUCAUUUUUACCAUCAACAAAUGCAACUGGUUGUCGAAAUUCAUCACAUCCAUCAAUGGAUUCACCAACCAAUCAAGGAAUGAAUCCAAAUCUUCGAUUAAGAUAUGGUGGAUCAGCACCUCCAGCUAUAAUGUCGACAGAAUUUGCAUUACGUUCAUCAGCAAAAUUACGUAUAAAAGAAUUAUUUGAUGCUAAAACAUCGAAUAUACAAAAUCAACUUCGACGACAAAUAUCAAAAACUCUUCCACCUAGUGCACAUACAGAAAAUACAAAUCAAACUCUUAGUCGAUCAACAACUAUGAAUCGUGAUGCAAAAUCAGCACCAUCCAAUGAUUUUCUAAAUGAUCCAAUAAGUCAAAGUCCUGAUUCAAGUAUUGAAAAUGGUAUAGAUCAAGAUGAUUUAUUAAAUGAUUUACAAGGAGAUAUGGAUGAUAAUAUUUCAGUUCGAAGUUAA